AUGGUGGAUCCGAACUUGGCCCAACAAAUGGACCAUUCCAAACAAAUACGCGCCAGAAACAGCCAAUUGUCCCAGAAAUACUCAAAGUAUCUGGCCAAGACACUCUCGAAACUCAACUCGCCCGAAUCAACAGGAGCCAGAGCACAGUCUAAAGUAGAGACUAUAUAUUCCAACCAGGAAAGCAUAGCCAAACAAAAUCAGGAAAUGAUCCAAAGUUACCAACAAUUAAGCUCCAGUGCAACAGAACUACACCUAAAGAUCGACAAAACUACACAGAAACUGCGCGAUUCCAGGGCAAACGCGGCCCAGGAGAAAAUCGAGCUUUUGGAUAGAAAUAUCCGUAUUAUCGAAAAUUGCAUUAAAUUAGUCGAAUCUACCAAUACCAAACCCGCCCGCGCUAAAAAGGGACUCUUCGGUUAA